GGAGUGGUUGGAGAUGAAAGGAGCAUUAUGGAGGGAGGGAUGAAGGGUGUGGUGGUGUAUAAAACAUCCUUUGCAUCCUUUCCCAUCGCUACAGCACGACCGACUUUCACUCUCCACUUUCCUUAAAUCUCUACAGAUCAACUUCGCUAUCAUCAUGUCUAACACCGUGACAGCUAUCAGCCUCCUCAUUGACGUCUUCAGUAAAUACGCUGGCAAGGAGGGGGACCAGCACACCCUGACUAAGGACGAGCUGAAAGAUCUUCUUAAGGCGGAACUGGGAGAACUGCUGGGGCAAGCCAAUGACAAGGCGGCGGUGGACAAAAUCUUCCAGGGCAUGGACGCAAACAAGGACAACAGUGUGGACUUCAAGGAGUUCAUGAGCAUGGUCUGCUGCCUCACUAUGAUGUGCCACGAGCACUUCUGCUGCAAAAAAUAGGGAUCCAAGCGCCACCUUGGGGCCAGCAUAGAGAGCUGCCUUCCUGUGAAAGAGAUCCCGUGUUCUGAAGAAGGAUCAAAUAUUUACUACUAUUUACUAAAUUACCACAAAGUCACAAAACAUCAUAUUGUAAUGCACUAUGAAAUAAACUUAUUUCUUUGAAACACA